UAAACAUCCUGCCGUUUUUAAAAGGACAGCGCUGAGCGGGAGGAAGGCGACUGGCGCCAUCUUGGCUGUUUUAAUGAGUACAACAGGGGGGAAUUCACUGGGAGAUAUAACAUAAAAAUUGGGAUUUCACUCUAGGAAGGAUACAGUCGGUAAACCAUAUCACGGUGUGUUUGUGUGUGAACCAGGGGAGCCAGGGCAAUGUUCUACGCCCACUUUGUCCUCAGCAAACGUGGGCCGCUGGCCAAGAUCUGGCUGGCGGCCCACUGGGACAAGAAGUUGACCAAGGCCCAUGUGUUUGAAUGCAACUUAGAGAGCAGCGUGGAGAGCAUCAUCUCACCAAAGGUGAAGAUGGCUUUGCGUACAUCAGGCCAUUUGCUCCUUGGGGUGGUGAGAAUCUACCACAGGAAGGCCAAGUACCUGCUUGCUGACUGUAACGAAGCCUUCAUUAAGAUCAAAAUGGCUUUCAGACCAGGUGUGGUGGAUCUACCGGAAGAAAACAGAGAGGCGGCAUACAAUGCCAUCACCUUACCAGAGGAGUUCCAUGACUUUGACCAGCCUCUUCCUGACCUCGAUGACAUCGACGUGGCCCAGCAGUUCACCCUGAACCAGAGCAGAGUAGAGGAAAUCACAAUGCGGGAAGAUGUCGGCAACCUCAGUCUUUUGCAAGACAAUGACUUUGCUGACUUUGGUAUGGACGACAGAGAGAUGAUGCGUGAUGCCAGCACAUUCGAGGAGGACAUCAUGCAUGGAGCGACGGCCUCUAACCUUCUGCUUGAGGCUGAACCGGGGCCGGCCAAUCUCCCUGACAAAUCCAACCACAUGGAGUAUGAUGACUUUGGGGACGGUUCAAUGGGCAACAGUGAUGGGGGAAUGCUCGUUGACAAGCUUCUGAGCUCUGAAGAUGGAGGUGGAAUCUUUGAUGAUCCUCCAGCGAUCACAGAAAGUGUCAUGAUGCCUCCAGAUCACGGAGAUGAUGAAGACGACUUCGACAACCUCCAGUCACCGGGUCCAGACAGCCCGGACUCCGGUCCAGCAGAGCCUCUGCCAACAAUGGCCGACCAGACAGAGCAGACCACUCUGGUUCACAAUGAGGAGGAAGCCUUCGCUCUGGAGCCCAUUGACAUCACUGUGAAAGAGACCAAGGCCAAGCGCAAGAGGAAGCUGAUUGUCGACAGCGUGAAAGAGCUGGACAGCAAGACCAUCAGGGCUCAGCUGUCGGACUACUCAGACAUUGUGACCACCUUGGACCUUGCCCCUCCCACAAAGAAGCUCAUGAUGUGGAAGGAGACAGGAGGAGUGGAGAAGCUCUUCUCUCUCCCUGCUCAGCCCCUGUGGAACGCCAGACUGCUCAAGAUGUUCACGCGCUGCCUGACACCUCUGGUACCGGAUGAGCUGAGGAAGAGGAGAAAGGGCGGCGAGGCCGACAGCCUGGACGAGUUCCUCAAAGAGCUGGAGAACCCGGAGGUUCCUCGGGACGAUGUCAUGAGUCUGAACCGGGACAUCAUCGACCAAGCCAUCAUGGAGGAGGCCAGCGUGCUGGCACCCUCUACGAUUGAGGGAAGUAGGACCAGCCUGGAUGAGACCGUCAUGCCCCCUCCUUCCACUCCCCGCGGUGUCAAACGCAAAACCCUUGACAAGGAGAGCACCCUUCCGAUGGCUCCAUUGGAGCAGCAGCAGCAACAGGUGGUGGACCGCUCGGUCCUGUCCCAGAGGCUAGACAUGCCGCAGGUGGAUCUGCCCCCAGAGGAGAGCAGUGUCAACCUCACACAGCUUGUACCUGAGCUUGACCUUCUUGGCGACAAAGGAAAAGACAAGAAAGACGACAGCGACGAGGAAGAGGAAGAGGAAGGCCAGGCUGGAGACCAGGAUCAGGAGGAGAAGAGAUGGAACAAGAGAACCCAACAAAUGCUGCAUGGCCUCCAGCGCGUCAUGGCCAAGACCGGCGCCGACUCAGUCAGCCUGCUCGACUUGUGCCGGAACAACAACAAAAAGCAGGCAGCUGCCAAGUUUUACAGUUUCCUGGUUCUGAAGAAGCAGCAAGCCAUCGAAGUCACCCAGUCGCAGCCCUACAGCGACAUCAUCGCCACCGCCGGACCAAGAUUCCACCUUAUCUAGACAUUGGAAGAACAGACAAACACUGCUUGCAACAGACGUACCUUUUUAAAAUCUCUCGACUUUUUUGCCUUUUUAUUGUAUGUUUUCCUGUCAGCCCAUUUUAAUUUUUUUUUUCUCCUGGGGAAGGGGAGGAUCUAGUGGGGGAAGGGGACAGAAACUUUAAAAACAAAAUAUUUUACUGUACUACAAAUGGAAUCAUGCAGUGUUCUUGGUUCAAAAGUGUUCUUGGUUCAGGAGGAAGAAUGUUUAACAAGUAUAUUUAUAAAGCAAGCUUUUAGUCACCAGUUUGAAAACCUUGCUCCAUUCUGUUUUGUAAGUUAAAUUUCUGUUGUCUGCUCAUUCCAUAUGUUUUCUACUUUUGCCCCUCAACCAACUGAAAUGUUUCAGGUUUUAGAUAAAGGCCCCCGUAUUUUCACUUUCAAUAAUGUUUUGACUCUGUACAUGUUCUGGAAAGGUACUGCUCCUUUACUCCAAAGUGUAACUUCUCCUACUGUCUUCUUGUUGCACUGAUUCCUCGAUUCAUUCAUUUAAUUUGACAGCAAAAAAAGUUAAUCUCAUGAUGAACAUCAUGUUUCAGAUGUAUAAUUAAGGCAGUUUUUCAACUUUAUGUAAAUCUUUUUUUUUUUUUUGUACCUUUUUACGUUCAUGCUUAUUCACCUUUUUGCAUUAUGUAACUAGGUAAUGUACUUGUUACACGAUCCCACCUUUUUAGUCUUGGGGUAACUUCUAGUUGUGAUACAUCUGUAAAGAUUUGAAAUAAAGUGUUUUAAGUACUUG